CUUGUCUCAGUUCUUUAAUUUGUUUGUGUUAAUUUUGACAGCUUCUACAGGAUGUAAUGUACAACAUGUGAAAGGAUUACGAGGAUAAUUAUCAUUAUACAGGUCUCCCAGGAUGUGCUGUUUAACUAUGUAAAGCUAAAUAGGCUGAAGAAAUCACCAUUUUAACAGGUCUCCCAGGAUGUGCUGUUGAAGUAUGUAAAGCUAAAGAAGUGGAAGAAGUCACCAUUUUGACAGGUCUCCCAGGAUGUGCUGUUUAACUAUGUAAAGCUAAAGAAGAGGAAGAAAUCACCAUUUUAACAGGUCUCCCAGGAUGUGCUGUUGAAGUAUGUAAAGCUAAAGAAGUGGAAGGAGUCACCAUUUUGACAGGUCUCCCAGGAUGUGCUUUUGAAGUAUGUAAAGCUAAAGAAGUGGAAGAAGUCACCAUUUUGACAGGUCUCCCAGGAUGUGCUGUUGAAGUAUGUAAAGCUAAAGAAGAGGAAGAACUCACCAUUUUGACAGACAGGUUUAAUUGAGAACACUUGGAGGCUGCUAUGAAUGGAGACAAAGCAUUGAGAAGCCAGUGUCAAGAGAGAUCUCCCUGACUGAAAUCCACACAGGAUUAUAAAGUCACAGGAAAAAGAAGUCUGGUGUCAGUGAUGUAUGAAUACGUGUUACAGAAAUCUGUCACCGUGUCUGGUGUUAGUGGGUGUAAACACAUUACCCACGUGUCAUCAGACCGGGUCUGGAUCAGUGAUGAUGAAGGCAAUCUCAUCUUAACUAACACGAGAGGUGACAUUCUAGAUCGUGUGACGGAUUUACCUCAAUAUGGUUAUGGAGUACAUACUGUGACUCAAAAUGGUGAUGUGAUUUAUAUAGACAGUGACGAUAACAUCAUAAAACGAUCUAAAGAUAGAGUAAAGACCACAGUAAUACCAUACACAUCACCAUGGGAACCAAAGUGUGUCUACAGCUCCCCCUCCACUGGAGACCUGCUGGUCGGGAUGUUUAAUAACGAUACAAAGACAGCCCAGGUAAACCGUCACACUGACACAGGAGAACACAUACAGACCAUACAGCACAAAAACAAAGGUCAGGGACUGUAUAGAUGUCCUAAGUACAUCACAGAGAACCGCAAAGGAGAUGUUAUUGUGUCUGACUGGGACCGUUUUGCUGUAGUGGUGACAAACAGAAGAGGAAGACAUCGCUUCUCCUACACAGGUCCUCCAUCAGGAUCACCACUAUGGCCACGUGGAAUCUGUACUGACGCGCUGUCACACAUCCUGGUGUGUGAUGUUUACACCAACACAGUACAGAUCAUUGAUAAAAAUGGUCACUACCUGACAGAGAUAGAUACAGAACAACACGGGAUAGACACACCAUUCAGCCUGAGUUAUGAUGACAACACCCGCUCUGUCUGGGUAGGAUCAUACAACAACAACACAGUGAACAUCUACAGACUUAUCUAUGGAGGGGAUAAUCUGACUGAUCCAAGCAAUGAUGAUAUAAAUAAAGUGGAUGAGUUGAAGAAGUUUCUGAGAAAGGAGAAGACAACUGUUUCCCAUGCCAGAGGAAUACUUGUUGGAUGUGCUGAGGCUGGAAAAACGACGCUACUAAAGAGAUUAAGAGGGCAAAGUCAAACUGUCAGCAAAGCUACAAAGUCGUCCAGGGGACUAACAACACUGCUGAAACGAUUAAGAUGGAAACGCCAAGAUGCCAGUGAAGUUACAGAGUCCACCAGGGGACUUGAAGUCCAUCAACAUGUCUUCAUUGUUAGAGAUGGAGUUUUAGAAGUGGCUGAUGAUGACUCACCAUUCAAGUCAUUUAUCAGAAUAAAUGCUGCAGAUUUGAAACCAGACCCAAGCAGUAGUACUGUUGCCAGCUCUGAUGCAAAAGAAAAUUUGGAGCUAGGAAGUACUGAUAAAAACACUGAAGAAGAUAAUAGCCGAGAGGAAAAGAAAGAAGAGAAUGUGGAAAUGUCGAGUUCACCAACGGAGGACACAGAAGAAGAGAACUCAGUUGAGGUAAUGGCCAGUCUUAUCUCCCAUGAAGCUACAACUAUGGUGAAGGAUGAAAUUUUUCAGAAAAUCUUGUCUGAAAAAGAGAAGUUACCAACAGUAAGCAUGCUGGAUUUUGCUGGACAAUUGGCGUAUUAUGCCUGUCACCAAAUUUACGUAACACCAAAGGCCUUCUUUAUCCUUGUGUUGGACAUGACUAAGAAGUUUGAUGAUGUUGUCGAUCAAGAGAAAGAUAACCAAGAAGGGUCAAUCUUCUCCGUGUGGACAUACAAAGACUACUUGAAGUUUUGGAUUACCUCAAUCAAGACAUUUGGAGGCAAAAAGGCACCACUGUUUCUUGUUGUCACACACACGGAAACAAAAUCUACAAAUGAAAUAAAAAAGUAUUUUGGAGAGUUUUGGAAAGCUGUACCAGACGAGGACAGAGAUUGGUUAAGUGAGUCUCUGAAUGAUCGGGAAUAUGCAGUCGGUUUAAAGAAACUUAAUGAAAAUACCAAGGAACACCUGGAGUCAAUGAAAAAGUCCAUAGUGGAACUAUUUACAGAUGAGAACAAUACAAAAGUUGAAUUGCCUUCUUCAUGGGCUCUAAUGGAGCAGUUAUUGAAUGAAGGAGACUGGAAGGUUUUGACCCUGAGUGAAAUCUGGAAGCUCAACUUAUCUCUUCCCCAUGAAUACCAAAUCAAAAGUGAUGAAGAAAUGUCAAACUUUUUAAAAUGUUUUCACAACCAUGGUCUUCUUUUGAAUUUUGAAGAAGUGGAAUUGCGGGAACAUGUUAUACUAGACAUUCAGUGGUUUGCUAAUGCUUUCAGCAAGAUAAUUGCUGAUGAAAACCACAUCAAUAAAGAUUGUCAAAAAAAAUUAAUCAAAGAGUGGAAAUCCUUCAACAAAACAGGGGAACUCAAAGAAACAGUAAUAGAUGCUUUGUGGAAAGAUGAACCCUCUUACUUGAAACAUAAAAAUGAAAUUAUGUCAUACAUGGAGAAACUUCAAAUGCUAGUACAUUUGAAUACAUUUGAGGCUGUAUCAGAAGGUGGCAUGUCAUGGUAUGUCCCGUGUAUGAACAAAAAGCAGUUUAAAGCUGACUUCAGUGAAGAUAAAUGGGAAUGCUCAUCCAUUUUGUGCUAUCGAUUCACUUCAUUUGCCAUGUUUGUGUUCUACAGACUGGUUGCAUACUGCAUAAGUUCUCUAAGAUGGAGUGUUGCAAAAGAUGAAGAUAAUGAAGGAAGUCCAUGUCUUUAUCAAACGGCGGCAGUGUUUGAUCAUAAUGCACACACUGUUGUUGUUGGCAUAUGCAAUGAUGAUAUCCAGUUGCAAGUGCUUAGAAUCAAAGACUUGCCUAUAGACAUAGAAGUAUCAAAUGAAAUUGGAGAUUCUAUUGAAAAAGCAGUAGAAAAAUUGACAGAAACAUUUAUUGACACAAAAAUAUUCCAUAGAGGAUUCAAAUGUCAAAACAUUAUUUGUCAUGAGAAAGAUUUAUCUUUCAAUCUUGCAAGUGAGCUUUCCAAAAUCACAACCAAUAAAAUGCAGUGCAAGUGUCAACUUCAGGAGAAACAUAAAAUAGAUGUACAGACAACUUUGAGUUUUUGGGAAAAGACAAAAAUGAGCGUUCCUAAAACUCCAGUGGCCUCUGCUGGACAUGACCUCGAGGGACGAUCAAGAUUCGCAAAACUUGGAAUGGCAACAAACGAUGUGUUAAAUCAGGCAUACAGAGAUGUACUAGAGAUGGAGGUGCCCUCUUUCUUGAUUUACAACAAGGUGAAAGCAUCACCAAUUUAUAAAAGAUUACGCCCCGAACAAGAAUAUCUCUUACAGAAUCCCCAACAACCAGGAUAUAAGAACUUUGACAUUUCAUUAACCUACACAUUAAUCCGAAACAUUUGUUCAAAGAUCCCUAAGCCAACAAAAGGAAAAUGGGGAGAAGAGCCAGCAGCAGGAGAGGUGACAGUGGGUGACGAUAUCGAGAGAAUUAGGUCCAUCCGAAACAGUUUGACUGCACACGUGAGUUCAGCCUCCACCUCUCAGACAGAAUUCGAUGAUACCUGGACGACGAUGUCUGAUAUCUGCCAAAGAUUGGAAACAUUCACUGGGAAGAAAUACUUGGACAACCUUAAUAGCAUUUAUAAACUCACUUUAAAAGAAGGAGGUGAAGAUGCAAUUAAAGCUAUUAUAGAAAAGUUUGUCAAUGAUCAACAUGAACAACAUAAACUGUUGGUCAAGGAUCAACACGAACAACGUGAACUGUUGAAGACAGUCGUAUCAGAUGUUCAAGAAUUAAAAUCUCAAAUGAGGACAUUAAAACGAAUUUGAAGAAUUGAACCAUUCAGAAAUAAUAAUUUUUACUCAUAGAAUGUUUUCAGUACUAGUAAACAAUGAAUACUUUAACACAUGGUUGAAGAUAUUGAAAGAGUCAUUGGUUGAAGUCUUUGGAUAAGCUUAAUUAUAAUUACAAACUGCAUAUGAAACAUGUGGAUAUAUGAGGAAUU